GCCACCGCCGCCGCCGGUGGAGGGGGUAGUCCGGGGGAGGUGUGCGCGUGCGCGGCGCUCUGGAAGCCGGUUCUGGUAGCGGAGGGGCGGCCUCGGCAUGGCGGAGGCGCGGCCCGGUGCAGGUGCAUCAAAUUUCAAUCCUGAUGCUUCUGAUUCCAUUCCAGGGGAAAGACAACCUACAGAUAUAAACUGGGUAAAUAAAGAUAGGAAAGAAUCUAACAGUAAUCAGAAUAGAAGUAAUUUACCAUUUCCUAGUCUGUCUUCUGAAAGAGGUACAGGUUAUGAAAGCUCUUCCACAAAGCAUCGUGGCUUUUGUAAUCCCGAAAGUCAGUAUGGGAAUUCUGAAGACUUCCACCAAUAUUUUGGUACCAGUAGAAGUUUGAAGAGUCGCAACUUGCAAAGCCAGAGAUGGCACAGAUCAAGAAACGAUAGCAUGUGUACUAGAAGUAAGAUAAAGCAAAGUACUGUUGAUGCUGCUGCAGGUCCAGGAAUUUCAGAUGCUGCAGUAGUACCUGGGAGAAGAGCACCUCCUAGAGGAUACAAUGACUUUCUCUCCUCGGAGAGUGACAGGGAGGUACCUAAUGCAGAUAGCAGAGGAGCAAAGCCAAAGAAAACCCAUCUGAUGCAUGCAUCUGGAAGAGGUUUCAGGGAGAAGGGUAAGCAAGUACAUGACCGGGAAAAGAGAGUGAGCUCUAAACAGAAAGUAGAGCUGUUUGAAAAUGUUCCAGCUUUGGAUAUGACUCAGUCUGACUCUUCAGAAUCAUCUGUUGGAAAGGCAUUCUGUGAUGUACCUGUUGGUAGUGGGGAUGAGCAGAAAGGCUACAAUUAUAUAAACAAAAGAUAUCCUCGGAAGCCUGUGUGGAAUAAACCCCCGGCAGAAAAAGAGUGUCAGAAAAGGCAUGAUUCUCACCGUAAUAAAAAUACAAAAGUAGGUAAGAAGUCUUCUCUUGCAUAUACUCCAAAAGACAAAAAUGAGAGGAAGAAAGAAAACUCUGUUCACAAAAAUGAUGAAAAUUUGACCAGUGAAAUCAGGCACCAAUUGUCUGAUUCUGUCAGAUGUAAUGGAAGAAAGUUCCUGUUAAAGGGGGAUCAGGCACCUGCACUUCAUUUCAGCUGGACCCAGUACUGGAAAAAACAAAGUGAUGUACCAAAAAACAAAGAAACGCAUACAGGGUCAUUGAUUGAACAGCUGACCACAGAGAAGUACGAGUGCAUGGUAUGCUGUGAGGUGGUCCGAAUAGUAGCCCCAGUCUGGAGCUGUCAGAAUUGUUACCAUGUAUUCCACCUGAAUUGCAUUAAGAAGUGGGCGCGGUCACCAGCUUCACAAGCUGAAGAUGGUAAUAGUGGUUGGAGAUGUCCAGCUUGUCAGAAUGCUUCUACACAAGUUCCUAAAACUUACACUUGUUUCUGUGGUAAGGUGCACAAUCCUGAAUGGAAUAGAAAUGAAAUCCCACAUAGCUGUGGGGAACUUUGUGGAAAGAAGAGACAGUGUUUGGACUGUCCGCAUCUUUGUAACAUCCUGUGCCAUCCAGGACCUUGCCCUUCAUGCCCAGCUUUUGUGACAAAAACAUGUGAAUGUGGACAAACAAGUCAUUCAGUCCGCUGUGGCCAAUCAACAAAAAUUCAUUGUUCAAAUGUAUGUGGAAAUACUUUAAACUGUGGUAAGCACAGCUGUACUCAAGUGUGCCAUGCAGGAAAAUGUUCACCUUGCCAAUUAACAGCACAGCAAGUGUGUUACUGCGGAAGUAACUUUAGAGAAGUAUUGUGUGGGACAGAGGAAGAAUUCUCCGAUGGAUUUGGGAAUUUCUCAUGUCAGAAUAUAUGUGGCAAAAAAUUAAAUUGUGGGAGGCACAACUGCACACAAGUAUGCCAUCCUCAGCCUUGCCAGCUUUGUCCACGACUUCCACAAGUAGUGUAUCGCUGUCCCUGUGGUCAGACUCCUCUCAGCAAGUUACUGGAACUAGGAUGUGUUGAACGAAAAAUAUGCACAGAUCCUAUCCCGUCGUGUGGAAAAACAUGUGGCAAACCUCUUUCUUGUGGUAGCUAUGAGUUCGUUCAUACAUGUGAAAGCCUUUGCCAUGAAGGAGACUGUAAACCAUGUUCUCAUACAUCAAAUAUUUAUUGUCGUUGUGGCUUUAAAAAAAAGGAAGUUCCUUGUGCUCUCCUGAGAAAUAAAGCUGCUAUUACAUUCAUGUGUGACAAGCGAUGCAACAAGAAAAGGUCAUGUGGACGGCACAAGUGUAAUGAAGUUUGCUGUGUGGACACAGAACAUAAGUGUUCUUUGGUUUGUGGUCGUAAACUGAACUGUGGGCUUCACAGAUGUGAAGAGCCCUGUCAUCGGGGUAGCUGUCAAACAUGCUGGCAAACAAGUUUUGACGAGUUAACUUGUUAUUGUGGUGAAUCUGUGAUUUACCCCCCUGUUCCUUGUGGCACUCAGCCACCAGAGUGUAAAAAAACAUGCACCAGGCCACAUGACUGUGAUCAUCCAGUGUACCACUCAUGUCAUAGUGAGGAGAAAUGUCCACCCUGUACCUAUCUCACACAGAAAUGGUGUAUGGGCAAGCAUGAACUGCGAAGUAAUAUUCCUUGUCAUCUUACUGACAUUUCCUGCGGACUUCGCUGCAAUCAAAUGUUAAAAUGUGGAAUGCACAAAUGUAAAAGAAUCUGUCAUAAAGGAGAAUGUCUUAUAGAUGAAGAGUGUAAACAGCCAUGUAUUAUUCCAAGGCUAUAUUGUAAUCAUCCAUGUAUGGCUCCAUGUCAUCCUUCUUCACCCUGCCCGACAACAUCCUGCUGUGCAAAGGUUGAUCUUCAAUGUGAAUGUGGAAGAAGAAAGGAAACUAUGAUUUGCUCAGAAGCAUCUAAUACAUAUCAAAGAAUAGCUGCUAUAUCUAUAGCCACUAAGUUAACAGAUCUACAGCUUGGGGAUUCAGUGGAAAUCAGUAGGCUUAUUACGAAAAAAGAAAUGAAGCAGGCCAGGUUGCAAUGUGAUGAAGAAUGUUUAGCUCUUCAGAGGAACAGGCGUCUUGCUGAGGCUCUUGAAAUAGAUGAUAAUUCUGAUCCUUUUAACGUCCGUUCUUCUGGACCAAAGUACAGUGAUCUUUUAAAAGAAGAUGCAAGGAAGGAUUUAAAAUUUGUCAGUGACAUUGAGAAGGAAAUGAGAAUGCUUGUGGAAGCUGUGAAUAAGGGCAAGCAUACAAAGAAGAGCCAUUGUUACCCACCAAUGAACAGAGAUCACCGCAGAAUCAUCCAUGAAUUAGCUCAGGUUUAUGGCAUUGAAAGUGUGAGCUAUGACAACGAACCAAAGCGUAAUGUUGUUAUAACUGCAGUGAAAGGGAAAUCGAUUUGUCCAAGCAAUACCUUAACUUCUGUCCUAGAUAAGGAAAUGCAGAGCAGGCCUCCACCUCCUAUUCCUCAUUACAAACAAACAGAUAAGAGUAGUGCAAACAGUGGUUUAUCCAAACCCUUAAAAGAAGAGCCAAUAAUUGACUACUUUGAUGUCCAGGACUGAAGUGAUCAAUGUAGAAUUACCAUGUAGAAGCUUAGAGGUGAAGAUACUAAGUUAUUCUGUGAGGUGCUUUUUGGUUAUCUGUCAAAUGAUCUGUUGUUCAGCAUAUUAAUGAUUUAACAUCUAAAGUUAGACUGAUUGUGAUACUUUAAGAAGUUACGCAUUUUUACGGUUUACAUAACUGCAUAAUGCCUAACAGUAGUAUAGCUUUUUGACCCUGGGUUUUGUGCAAUUUUUUUAUCUAAUGUGCUGUCAGAAUGGUGUAGAUUUCUUUUGAUGCCUUCAAAGUGAGAGAACUGGUAAUCAAAUAUAUUUGGGGGGGCAAUAAGACCAACAAUAAAUCUCAAAGUUUUAUUUUGACAUAUCUCACACAACUUAAAACAGACCAUAAAUAGUCUGUGUUAAAAAUACUGAUGGGAAUAUUCUUAAAGUGCUUUCAUAUUUUUAUUAAUUCAAUUUUGUGUUGAUGUGGUAAACUUGGGAGGUACUCUUCUACAUGGAAGGAAAUAUAAAAUUUAGUCUAUGAAUAUAUACAGUAAAUGCACAUUAAGAGCACAGACUUCCUUUGGUAUCUGAAGAACUGGGAUUUGGGGAAGGUGGGGAGUUAAGACUUAUUUUGCUUUAUCUCAGAUUUGAUGUGUUAAAAAAAAACAAAACCAAACACACACACACACACACACACACACACACCCCCAAAAAAAACACCCUACCCCAAAAAAAUUAUUAGUACGUAGUUAUUUAAGACCUUGGACAAAAUCAGACUUCAUAUAUUAUUUUGGCAUUCUAUUUGGUUUAAUUUGUAUUUACAUAUGUUAGCUUGAUGGUGGUCUUGAACAAAAUCAGACUUUAUAUAUUAUUUUGGUGUUCUAUUUGAUUUAAUUUGUAUUUACAUAUGUUUGCUUGAUGGACUUUAUGGGGGGGUUGCAUGGUUUUUUGGGGGGUUAUAAUCUUUCUGUGCUGUGCAAGCUUAAGAUGAAUGUGUAAAGUCUGGUUUAAGUAUGUUAUGAAUUUGGAACAAUAUCUGUAAAAUUUGUAAGACCAUCUGUUUAGACUGUUUGGCAAUGGAAGAUCUUUGUUUUAUGGGAAAUGCCAUAAACAAAAUGGGAUGAUGGUUUAAACAGUGAGAGACACCAAAGUGCUCUCACAGGUGAUGAAUUGUUUCCGGAUGAUGAGUUAAGGCAGGUGAGUAGCUCUCUGGGAGAGGAGAUUGUAGGUCUGAUCAGAAGAGGUGGCACAGCUCUGAAUUUGAGUAAUAUCUGUUCACUUGAGGAGAAGGUUUUUUGAAUUGAUAACUUUAAUAACUCUGACACGGAUGCACUCCGCUUCUUGUUCCUUGUGGCUGGCUACAUGUAGCCCUAGAGGUGAGUCUCAUGUACGGCAUCAGAGGCUGCUGCUAAAAGGGGCUUACAUAAUGAAGAAAUAGAUAUAGCAGAAGACUUGUCAUCUGUUGUUUGUUUUUUAGCCAGCUCACUAUGGUGUAGUGUGAGAUUUGUUGUCAAGAAAAUGGAAGGCAGUUAUCCAUGCUUAGAUUCACUUAUAGUUAUCACAUGACCCUGAGCCUUAACUGUGAAGCAUUCUGUGGCUACAUUCCAUCUUGAACAGCUUGCAAAACAAGAAAGAACAAGCAGCAAACUCACAGAUCGUAUCUGUCCCCCAGAAUGUUUUGAAAAUUAAAAUGCAUGCUGUUAUUGCCUAUAUUUUUGUAGGAGCUUAUUAUUUCACAUUUAAAGAAAUGCGCAGUCUUACUUACAUGUUUCUAAACAUCUGCAAUGCAUAUGCUUCAGGAAAACCAGUUACCUGAAGGAUUCUCAACCCUCAAGUGUGUUCAGGCUUUUGAUUUGCAUGUGGUAGUUAAAUUGGUUUUACAUCUUUUGUCUAAUAUUUUGUGUACAGAAAUGAAAAAUAAAUUACUGUAGCUUAUGUUGCCCUUAAUUUCUUAAGCAAAUUGAUGUUUGAUUCUACAAGGUGUACUGCUUUGCUAAGUUCAGCUGAAGGAGUAAGUUGCUCAGCAUCUUUCCAGGAAUGUAUUUCUCCUCAAUGAAGGGACUGAAGUGUAUCUAUUCCAGCGCUUGCAGACAAGUGCCAGCUCAAUGUGGCCAGACAAAGGCUAAUUCUGGUUUUGAAACUCAGAGCUAUGUUAAUAUAGCACUGUUUUCAAGCUAGUAAUACCUGUUAGGGAAAAUGUACGUAGUUAGACUGCAAGGUAGGUUCUGGACAGGAGCUGGCGUACAUGUCCUGUGAGCUGAGGAUAUAAAGUUAGGUGCACAUACACUGGAGCACAUGCAGUCGGUAUACCAUAGGUAGCCCUAAUGUUACAGAAAACCAAAGUGAUAUAAUUGAUAAUAAAUGGAAUAAAGCUGAAACCUAUUAACGUUUCACGUGAAUAUAGCUAAAACUUCAGAUUUGCACCUCUGAUUUGAAGUUUAUAACUUAAAAGGUUUUAAUAGCAUUAUAUUUAGCUCUACUUUUUGGAAUAUUUAUCAGAUUAUGGCUUGAACAUAAAAAUGGGAGCCUUGGUGAGAUGCACUUCAGCAGUCGAGUAUUCUUCUACUGCUUUUAGUAAGAAAACCCAGGUAAUCUUCAGCUUCUCAAGAUGAGACUAAUUAUUGCUGAAUCUGUUCAUACUGAGAAUUCAUAAUGCUCAUCACUAAACCUCUUAACUACAUGAAUGUAAAAACAUCUUGUAGAUCUGUAUGUUUAUACAUCUCUAAAUCAUGGCUGUUGGAGCAUAUCUGUAGUUACGAAGCAAGUCAUAUGUACAGAAACUAUUUAUUUUGAAAUGAAUUUUAAUAACUUGGUUAAAAACAUGAUGCCAUACAUUUAGCCGGGAAAGUAAUACCAAAAAGAAAGUAUUGAUGUCUUUCUUCCCAGAACACAGUUACAUAGCCUUAAGAAGGAACUCAGCAAAGUUUAACAGUGGUGCUCUCCUCUCUGCUCUGGUUUGCUUUUGCUGCAAUGUAUCUGUGACUUUCGUAUGGAAUAGUACUAAAGGCUGUAGUUUUGAUAUCCGUGAUAACUCAUCUUCAUAUUGCACGUGUGCCUCAUUGAAAUAUUUUUCAAAUACCUAUUUUGUAAAUCUGAACUGGCCUUUACACCUUUUACCUAAUAGAAAAAUGAGUCGAUGAAAGAAAUCUUUGCAUCAGUGAAGUCAGUGGCAAAAAUCCUAUGGACGUCACUGGAACCAAGCCUGAAGCUUCAAUAUACUAGUUGUUUUCCACAGCCCUAAGAAUAGUAUUGUUUCUUGUAAAUUUAUUUGAAAAAAGUACUCUGCAAUAAGCAUCUUUUGAAAUAAAUUAUGUGAUGUCAGUUGGAAUUCAUGCAACUUAAUGAAGUGCUUUUACAGUUGUGUAUAAAAUAGGCAGAUACCUUGGCAUUUGGGCUGUGCUAUUACCUAUCUAUGUUUACCACAUUUAAAGUGCUCUGAAUAUUCAGUGCUUGGGUUUAACCUAAAAUUGUGUAAUAUGUGUAAGUAGACUUCAGUACCACUGUUUGUGGCAGUUUUGUACAGUAUCUGCCACAUAAUGAAAUAAGCAAGGUAAAAUUGUUCUAAACUGCUUAUUAAGUUAUUUGUUGAAAGUUUUAUAUUUGACUUGAUUUUUUCAAAUUACUUUCUUUAUAAACCUGAAAUAAAUCUAAGUUGAAAGUUCAGUGCUUUGGAAUUGUUUGCAAGCUUUGUCUUGGUAUUCCGAAGUUGGAAGACUGAGAUAUCAGAGAGAAACAAUAAAUAUUUAAAUGGAAGUUUGGUGAGUCCUUUUCCUCAAAUUUUGAAGGAAGAGGUGGGAUUUCCUGGAUUUGAAGUGAUUUUUAAAUGAAUACUGUAAGGAGAAUGAAGCAAGUAAAGAGGGGCUCCCUAGGAAAUGGAGAGUAAGGAUUAUCUGAUACCUUCUUGGGAUUCAGAAGUACAGGAGAGAUUAUCUCAAUAGAAAUGUACCUUUUGGUUAUCUGAAAAACCCUUUACUAUGUCAGCCUAAAUGCUACUUGGCAAUAAAAUGUAUGAUUUUAACUCAU